AUUCCAGCUAUGAAUUCGUGAGUACCAAACUACUUGAUCCAGGGAAAUGGUACUGUUUACACGAUUGAUUCCUGUUAUAAAAACGGGGGUCCACAGAGCUGGUAUCAGAGCCAUACGACUGUAGGAAAAGACCAAAAGGCGCCCCACCCUUUUUUCUAAGUUGGCCAAGGGAGAAAUUCCCAUUUAGUAAUACUUUCAAAAAUAAAAACGCUAUGUUUACAAAACUCGGCACAAUUUUUAUCUUACUCUUAACUAUUUUCUUUACAAAACAAGUUUUACUCUCAACUGACUUUGGGUUUUUCUUAAAAUUAGAUGGCAGAUUCGGAUUCACCCGCUACCUGGGAGUUGAGCUUACCCCAAUCGGAGGGUUAUGUCAUUGAGCUGCAUCGGAUGUUGAGGCGUCUGCGAUACCCUGGUUUUCCGUCAUACCGAGUGAGGCAGUGUGGCCCAGUUUGGGAGGCUCGGGUCGAGAUUCACCCCCGAGUCCCUUCCAAGUUGGACUACAGCUUUCAGACACGUCACCACCGAGACCUGCCAGAGACCGCGAUGCAGGAUGCUGCUCGGGAGGCCUUUCUCCGACUCAGCUCUAUCCACCGAGCUGAGUUAGUGAGUACCGAGUUUGCUCAUCACCCGUUCCGGGAGGAGGGCAACUCAGUUUGCACAGUUCAGGACACGCCCUGCUGCUACAACCCGAUAGUGACUCGGUUGUCACGAUAGGCUGAGGCAGUAGAUGACUACUACGAGGAGGCUUUGUUGGAGAUUGACGACCACCAGAGACGUGUGGGGGAGUUAGAGACUGAGGUGACCGACCUCACAGCACAGCAGCUUCAGUUGGAGGAGGAGCACCAGGCUUGGGGCAGUGAGAUAGACUCACUGAAGGCACAGCUCCAGGUCCACGGCGAUCAGUUCCAGCAGUUAUCCGACCAGUACAACGAUCGCCGCGGGAUGAUGGAUACUCUUGAGGAGCAGCUGAGAGAGAGUCAGGAGCACGUCAGCCAGCUGGAGGAGCAGCUUCGAGCAGCCAAGAUCAGCACCACAGGGGCCUCUACUUCCACAGCAGUAGGCCGUGACCGCUACUUCUUCCUCACCCCGCCGUACCCACCGGCGUUCCACGCUCUUCUGGGAGAGGCUAGUAUGCUAGCUACCGAGUCAGCGCCCUACCUAGUGGACCCUACAGCAGCACAGCCACCUGUUCCGGAGUUGGUGCACACUUCACUGAUCCCUACACUUUCUCCGCAGCUGGGUUCCAGUUUGGAGACUCCGAUCCAGGUCGACUCCGAGACAGAGGGGACCGACACCGAGCCAGAGAUCGAGCCAGACAUCACUGAUCCUUCAGAGGAUGAGGCUCCUGUUCCCCGUAUCACCUUCCUCGGAGGCCCUCGCACCCUCAGCACUGCUCGCAAGAGCACACGACCCCCGGGCAAGAGGCCCAAGCCAGAUCCAGAGGCCACUACCUCUGAGCCGUGGGGACUCCGGUUUGCGCGAGCCAGCGACCACCCUCUACCUGCCCCGGGAUCCUGCGGAUGGCUGGAGGAUUAGACUGACGGACUCCUUGCAGCUUCGAUCUCGUAUCAGAUGGUUUUUGGAUAGUAUGCGAGACACCCCUUCCCUUACCUAGAUUGACGAGUAGUUUGAUGAUUGGUUUGAUGUAUCGUUUGGAUGAACCUUAUUUGGACUGCGUAUGUAUGCAGUCAAUUGCAUCAUGAUUUAUGUACCAUUUGUGAAACUCUGUGAUGUUAUUUAUGAUAUCUAUUGUUGUUG